AUGCUGGUGUCAGACCUUAUUUGCCCGGAAACUAAGACCUGGAUAGUGGACAAGGUGAGGCAGAUUUUACCUGUGAAUGAAAAGGAUGUCAUGUCCAUCAGACCUAGCAAGUUUGGUGCAGGAGAUCAGUACAACUGGCUACUUACAAAGUCAGGUGAGUAUAUAGCAAAAUCAGGUUAUCAGGCUGCCUCUAUGGAGUCUUCCAAAAAGAUAAGCCAUAGUGAAGGACUGGAAGACUUUAACUGGGAAAAAGAAGUAUGGAACUUGGCGUGCCUUCCCAAGAUCAAAUUCUUUCUAUGGGAGCUGUUGAAAAAUGCACUGCCAACGGGAGCCAAUAUGUGCAGUCGUGGAAUCAACUUGACGGCUGUUUGCCCUUUCUGCGGACAAGAUGAAACCCAACUCCACCUAUUCUUUCACUGCAACUUUGCAAAACAGAUGUGGAGUCAAGCACCGGUAAAACAUCUUUUGAAUAUACCAGGUAUAUCAAACCUACGUUUAGGGAUUGAGGGAUCUAGAAAACUUAUCUGUUUGCCUCCAAUGGGGCUAAAUGAUGGGGCCUUUGGAGCCUGGAUUCUCUGGACUAUUUGGACCAGCAGGAAUAAGCUCAUCUUUGAGAAAAAAGCUAUCAGUCCGUCAGAAGCUUUAACCCAAGCUAUCAGCCAGACACGUGAAUGGAUCCUUAACCAAACCCCAAAAAACUUGACGUUGCACACCCCAAUCCCUCAGGAAGGAGGGGAAGUGGAUUCCAAUACGUUUCGAUGUUUCACAGACGCGGCUUGGCGAGAAGACUCCCAGAGUGCCGGCUUUGGCUGGAUCUUUAGUGGAAACCCCCUGAUACCAGAGAGACACGAGAAGGCUAACUCUCAUCAUAUACGAUCCCCUCUGAUGGCGGAAGCGAUUGCCAUGCUCCUUGCGAUCCAACAAGCUUCCGAUCUGGACUACCAGAAACUUUUAGUCGCCUCUGAUUCAUAG